CUAUGUACCUCAAACCUGCAGAGCUGUCAAGGACUGAAAUUCAGUGCAAGCCUGUUAUCUGAUCUCAAAACGGACCUUGAACUGCAGCAGAGUAUUUAAAGAUAUCCAGUGUACAAGUUACAGAGGCCUCUGAGCAGACUCACCAUGUCAAACAGAAAAGGGAUAUGGGCUUUCCUGCUGAUCUUUGCUACGUGGGUAGCCGAAGGUCACGAUUCUGCUCCUUUAGAAGUGCUGACAAAAUAUGGGCGGCUCCGUGGCCAGCAGGUCAAAGUCAGUGGUGCAAAAAAAGAUGUGAAUGUUUUCCUUGGAAUUCCCUAUGCAAAGCCACCGACUGGAAACUUGCGGUUUGCCCCACCGGUACCAGCUGAGCCAUGGAGUGGUCUCAGAGAUGCAACAUCCUACCCAGCCUCGUGUCUACAAGAUCCAGUGGUGGGACAAGAUCUGUCAGAUGCUUUUACUAACAGAAAGGAAAAGGUCUCUUUGACUGUUUCUGAGGACUGCUUGUAUUUAAAUGUCUACACAGUGGCUCAUUUGGACACAAAACCUAAGUUACCGGUGAUGGUUUGGAUCCAUGGAGGAGGAUUAUCUUUGGGUGCGGCAUCCACAUACGAUGGGUCGGCAUUAGCGGCUUAUGAAGAUGUGGUAGUUGUUACAAUUCAGUACCGGUUGGGCAUUCUUGGUUUUUAUAGUUCUGGUGAUACUGUAGCCCGUGGAAACUGGGGCUUACUCGAUCAAGUGGCAGCCCUCCAGUGGGUCCAGGAGAAUAUUGCAGACUUUGGAGGGGAUCCAGGAUCUGUUACUAUAUUUGGCGAAUCUGCAGGUGGAUUCAGCACUUGUGGCCUGGUCAUAUCUCCUCUGGCAAAAGGCUUGUUCCAUAAAGCCAUCUCUGAAAGUGGCGUCUGUAUCUUGGAUGGUCUCAUGGACAUGCAUCCAGAAAAGCAUGCUAAGAAAAUCUCAGAAGCCGCUGGCUGUAAGACAUCCAGCUCAAGCGAGAUGGUUGAUUGUCUCAAAGAGAAGACGGAAGACGAAAUUUUGCAGGCCGUUUCCAAGAUGCGUCCCGACAGACGCAAGCUGGAUGAAACUGAAAAAUAUAGCAUGUUUUCCAAUGCAGUUGUAGACGGUGUGUUUUUCCCCAAACUUCCCACAGAUCUCCUCGCAGAGAAAAAGAUCAAUAAUGUACCUUACAUGAUUGGGGUCAAUAACCAUGAGUCUGGAUGGACGAUUCCAUAUUUGCUGCAGUUUCCAGAUUUCACAAAAGGCCUAGACAGAACAACAGUAAAUGCUAUAAUCCGUGGCUUUAAACAAUUCACGAGCGUUGACCCUGAACAUGCUCACAUCAUUGCUGAUGAGUAUCUGAAGGAUAUUGAGGACCCCAUACAGCUCCGAGACCAGCUUCUUGAUAUGGUGGGAGAUGUGGUCUUUGUUGCUCCCGCAAUUCAAACAGCGAGAUACCACAGAGAUGCUGGCUAUCCGGCCUAUGUGUAUGAAUUCCAGCAUCGGUCACGUUCACACGGAGCUCUUAAGCCAGACUUUGUUAAAGUGGAUCACGGUGAUGAAAUCUUCUUUGUCCUUGGGGGGCCCUUUUUAGUAGAUGAUGCUAACGAAGAAGACAAAAACCUUAGCAAAACAGUUAUGAAAUACUGGAGUAAUUUUGCUCGCACUGGGAACCCCAAUGGUGAUGGUCUGCCAACCUGGCCCAAGUAUGACCAGAAAGAACAAUACUUGGCAAUCAACUUAAAGCAGAAGGCUGCAACGAAGCUAAGAGAGAAGCAAGUGGCUUUCUGGACGAAGAUUCUGCCUGAAAAAAUAGCUGAAAGCAAAAGAGUGCGCACAGAGUUAUAAAAGCCCUCAGUGGCAUCAGGAAGCCAUUCUGCUAUUGAGAAGUGACACAGGUUACUAUGUUUCAGUGACUUGUUUGUCAUUUCAGAAAAUGUUUGUCUUGGGUUGGGAUGUUGGUGAAUCAACUGGACAAACCUUGUUGACUAUUCACUCACUGUCUUAAUUAUCAGAGGCAUCCAUUGCCAAAUUUACUAUAAACCAAGUCCUCUCCUGCCCUGUCUACCAAAUUCAAUACUACAAAGCAGAAUGGGAAAGUUUUAAAUAAACUAUCUUUUCUUCA